AAGGAAAAUGGAGACAGGAAGGUUUGAAAAAGAACAAAGUGAAAGCAGAGUUUCUUUUUAAGAAAGGAAUGAAAAGCGAAUUGGCGAUGGGAAUUAAGAGACUGUAUUGGGGGGCUCAAAAAUCACCAAAGGCGAAAACACCUGGGAAAAGAGAGGGAAAGGCCGGGAAGAUCAGCGAGAGGCGUUUGGGAGAGAAGUAAAACAGAAAAAGAUAAAACGAGGGCAGCGGUUGUAAGGACCUGUGGACGUUGUCUUACAGAUGGCAGAAAACUGUAGCAGAGGUGGAGGAAACCCUCAAGAGGAUCCAGAGCCACAAAGGGGUUAUAGGAACGAUGGUUGUAAAUGCAGAAGGCAUCCCCAUCCGAACGACCUUGGACAACUCAACAACAGUUCAAUAUGCAGGUCUUCUUCAUCAGCUGACCAUGAAAGCCAAGAGCACAGUCCGUGACAUUGAUCCUCAGAACGACCUAACUUUUCUUAGAAUCAGAUCAAAGAAACAUGAAAUCAUGGUAGCUCCAGAUAAGGAGUAUCUUCUGAUUGCCAUUCAGAAUCCAUGUGAAUAGACCUGCAAUGGCCAAGUUCUGUCCUGGGACUCCAGGCUGAAACACUUCACUCUUUAAAGAUUCCUAAAAUUAUAAUCCAAUCUAAAUGAUCUUUUGGAUAUUCCUUUCUAUUUUUACAUUUAAACUCUUCUACAUGUCUCAUUUAGUCCGUUUCGAAUGUAUUGUAAAUUUGUGAUUUAGCUAGAUAAUAAAUAAAUUCUGGUA